UAUUUCCGAAGGAUAACCCAAGGACUAAUUUUACUAUAAAAGCAUAAUAGUCUGAUCCAGCAAUCAAACAUUACUCAGAUCUUCAUCGAGCAGCACCAGGACAAAAAUUUACAAUGAAGUGUCUGAUUCUCUGUGCUAUAAUGGCGUCUGCAGUUUCUGCUGCACCAAGUGGACUUCUGGGUCAUGGUUGGGUCGGGCACGGAUUAGUAGGGCCUGUAUUAGCAGGAUCCGCUCUAGCAGGUCCUCAUGUUGGUCCGUCGAGCCUUUCUGGACCAGUCGCUGGACCCGCUCACAUAUCUGGCGCUGUCGAUGGUGGCGCUGUUGUUACUGGAUCUGUUGCUGGUCCCUCUGCAGUGAUUGGGUCUUCAGCAGGCCCUACUUUCAUCUCUGAACCUGCUCACGGACUUUCAGCAUGGGGCCUUGGUCACGCAGUUCACGCGCAUGGCGCAGGAGCCAUAAUUGUUGGUGGUCAUGUUGGACAUGCAGCUCUUCACGGAGGACUUGGUUCUGUCGUGGUCGCUGGUCCUGAUGGUGCAUCUAUUUCAACACAUGGUCUCGCACCUGGUGCUAUUAUUGCUACUGGUGCACAUCAUGGUCAUCUGGGUCAUUGGUGGUGAUUUAAAUAAAUACUCAAUAAUUAUUUCUGACACUUGCGUCUCUUGACUUUCCCAUACAAUAUUUUGUAUCAAAACAAUGCAUUAUAAAAAUAAAAUAAAACAAUGAUUUAAAAAUCUUCCAAUUUA